UUGUCUUGUUUUGAAGCCCUCUGCCCUGGCAUCCUGCACCCCUCUUCUCUCUUUUUCUCUCUUUCUUUCUUUCUCCUCCUUCCACUCGCACUCCCUCCAGAGUGGGACUCUUCCUCGACAGACUCCUGUCAGGUCUGCGGCAUCAGUCUUUUGGGAGCUCCGUAGAAGCCUGAAACCAUGCUGACGUUUUUGGCGCUGGCGUCGGUCGUCCUCCUGGGAAUAGUGCCUGAGCAGUCCCAGGCCAUAGUGAUUUACACCGGCUGGGAGCGCCACGCCCUGGUGGGCUCCGACAUCCGACUGUCCUGUUCCUUUUUCUCCUGGCGCUGGACCUCGGAGGACGUCACCUUCUCCUGGACGUACAGGCCCGAUGGCUCCCGGGACAGCAUUUCUAUCUUCCACUACACCGGUGGUGCCGCCUAUGUGGACAACAAGGGCCCGUUCAGGGACCGGCUGGAGUUUGUGGGUAACCCAGGCCGCCGUGAUGGCUCCAUCCUGCUCAAGAACCUGGAGUUCAACGACAACGGCACCUUCACCUGCGACGCCAAGAACCCCCCUGACAUAGUGGGCCGGCCCUCCAGCGUUCGCCUGCUGGUUUUUGAGAAAGUGCCCAUCCAGGCUGGCGUGAUCACAGGGGCCAUCAUCGGGGUGGUGCUGGGCCUGCUAGUGCUCAUCGUGGUCAUCUACUACCUGAUGAGGUUCCUGGUGGCGCGCCGUGUCUUCAGCCUCAGUGUCAGCAAACAUGGCAAGAAAAAGAAAGAGGGAUCACAGCAGAGACAGGGCCCCGUGCCUCCCGCUGACCCCUCCAAGAUAAAGGUCUGACUUCUCCAUGACUGCCUCCACUCCUCUAGUCUGCUCCCUCCUUUUCUGCCCAGCCUGAUGCAACCCCCAUUAUUUCCCAUUAUCUCUACUCUUUCAAGACAGCACUGGCUGUAAGAGUGGUCCUACUAUAUCAGUGGCAACAGUGUCAAAUAAUUUUUACAACGCCUCAUCGGAGACCCUGUAUGCGCUCAUUGGGCAAACUGUAAAACUGUUUAAGGCCUAACUAUGCACAUAACUUCCUUAAGAGGAACCCGAAAGACAUCCCUCUGUGUUUAGAGUCCCCUGAAUCUUCCCCCUUAAUGUUUACGACUCAAUCACACACACUGAGCGGAGCUGUGAGUGCACUCUGGACUUCAGAUAGAGAAAAAAGAGAGACAGAGAGGGAGAGGAGAGUGAUAGUGGGAGAGAAAUAUGAUUCCUGCUCUCAGCCAGCGUAGAUAGAGGUUCAAGCCCUCAAGCUCGGGGUGAUUCAAUCCUCUCACAUUUGAGCUAAUGGAGGUUGUCGCCGUGUCCCUGCCCUGGCUAAAGGGGGCUAUUUCUGGCGCUAUGAGAGCGUCCGGGCUUACUGUAACAGCUGCACAUUUUUCAGCCAACAGGGGACGGGGGGAGAGAGGGAGGAAGAGAAAGAAAGAAGCAAGCAGGGCGGGCGGUAGGGGGAGCCUGCUGCGCUGUUUGUUGCACGGGGCUGUCCGCUGUUGACUCGACGGCCGGCGACUGACGAACCCGGGAUGACGUCACGGCCCCCCCUUCCACCCCCCCACCCCCACCCCCACCCCCCCAGAGGGGCUGGCGGAUGCUCUCAGGAGUCUGACAAAAGGGCUUACUAGGAAGAGGUGCAGCUUCUGUGCUCUCAGUUAUUUUAGGUCCAGUUAAUCCGCUCGCGACUUUCUCCUCGCCAGCCCAGGGCUAAUUAUUUUAGCGCGUGCUGGUAACCAGAUAUCUCUCUCUACAUCUUCCUCCCUGCCUCCUCUGCUGUCUUCGCCCCUCUGUUAUUCUCUCUUCAUCUCAGCUCCCAUCUUGGGAUUCAUCUCCUCCCACCAAACCCGUGUUUCAUUCUCUCUGUCUUUACGUCUUUGGCUUCCUUUAUCUCUUCCUCUUCCUGUCGUCUAGUGAUUCUGCACUGCAUUAUUCCCCCACAGAAAAGGCCUAUACACAAUCCACUCCACUCUUUAAGCCUCUCCUUAUCUGACUGCCAGGCCUACAGCUCAAUGCUCUGCUCCUCUUUCCUCUCUCCUGUCCUUCCUCCUCUUCCACACCCUCCUACUUCUCUUUUUCAAACUCAGUGAUGGACAUCUCUCUCCCCUCCGUCUUGUCCAGUGAUCGCCGAACGUCCUCUCUCUUGCCCUUCAAAAUGCCACCUCCCCCAGAGGCAUGUACCCUCCCCUCAGCCCUCCUUCCACCGAUCCCUUACUGUCUUAUUUCUGCUGGUUCGAAUGCCAAAAUGCUUUCCUCUGCCCCCAACUGGCAAAGGAAGGAAACACAUGGGCAGAAAUCGGCCUCUAGUUGUCAUUGAAGACAGAAACUUAUAAUCUAGCUAGCUCUUCUCCGGUCGCAAAUACGACGUGUGUUUUUAUGUAUAUGUGUGUCUAGUUAAAGAGUGUUUAAAAGAGAUUUGAUAUAAAGCAAAAAAAAAAAACAAUAUUUUACCCUAAGUAAAGCAAAUAAUGUUUUCUGAGACAUUUUUUACAUGUGUACAAAGAAAAAACACAUGGAGAACAUAUUUAUCGAGGCAGUGAAGAAAUGUAAUUGCAUUGUAUGCAAUAUGCAUUUAUAUUUCUGACCUUGUGUGUUAUUGAUGGUACUGUGUGGCUGUGUCUUUGGUGCACGUCUUAUUCCGAGGUGAAGGGAAAUCGAGGUUGUCUUGCAGUGUCAGAGAAAACACGAGGGGUGGGAUGAGGGUUCGGUUAGCCUCAGAUUCAACGCGAACGUGGCUGGGGAGAAAAAAAAAAAGGGGGGAGGACCGUACUUGCUGUGGGAGAAAGCUUGGGAGGAAGAGACUUAUCUGGUGUGUUAAGCCAAGCCAAAAGUCCAUAUGUAUCACUACAGAUAGAGCCCGCUCUUCCCCCUGAGCUUUCUUUUAAAGGUGCUCCUUCCCCAACCCUGAGCCAAAGAUGGAUUGUGAUCUGCGUGCUUGAUAUGCAGGGUGGAUAGUGUAGACUUGAAUGUUCCUUUAAAAUUCAUAACAGGAAUGGAGGUGCUAUAGCCCACAUCUUUAUAACUGGAGAUCUGUUUCACUAGUCGCUGUUUAACUAUCCAGUCAAAUGGAUUAGUUAGAAUGUUUUCUUCUUUUUCAGCAAAGCCACACAGACACCUGACAUAAGACAGCGUUAAAAUGCCUUUUUAAAAAUGUUUUGUUUGUAUGUAUUAUGAACUGUAUUAGUCAUAGUCGCACAAUAACAUCCCUUCAUUUUGAAAUGACUGGAGCUUCUUACAUAUUUUUUACAUUUAUUUUAAUGCUUGUGAUAAUUCCAGAGCACUAACACCAUUGGAUGACUCUGUAUAAUAUGUUGUAAAGAGAACGUAAAUAAAAAUUAAAGCCCCAUGCGCAGCUGUUAUCAACAGGAGACAAAGUAAACCCA